AUGGAAGAAGCCAUGGAGGCCUCCGCUGUGGAUGGGUGUGACCCCGCCCUCCCCGAAUGUGGCCCAAAUUCGAGCUGCGUCAACUCCACAGGAGGCUACGAGUGCAAAUGCGAGGCGGGGUUUGGAACUAUGAACACCUCGUCCCCCUCGGACGCCAACCCCUGCUCAGUCGUAAGCACGAGGAGAGGCGAGCUGUGUGUCUUCCCUUUCACCUACAGUGGGGUGCCUACCAGCUCCUGUCUCCACCACUCCGGCUCUUGGUGGUGCGCCACCACCGCCAGCUACGACCGCGACGGGACCUGGGACUACUGCGAGAGGAGGCAGGAUUUCUGCUCGACCUACACCAACCUCUCCGACCCCUGGCGCAACGUUGGGUUUACCUCCACCUCCUUCCCCGACUUCCCGCGGUGUGACUCUCACCUGAGCGAGGGCUGGUACCGCUUCACUGGGGUCGGUGGCGAUAUCCUGCCAGACGUCUGUGCCCCGGCCCAACAUGGUGGCACCAGCGCCCCCGUCUGGCUGAGCAGUCACCCCGUGGACGGGGGUGUGAGUUUUGAGUACUGUUCCCACUAUCAAGACGAUUGCUGUUACUGGAACAGCACCGCAAGAGUCCACACCUGUCCGGAGGGGUUCCACCUUUACUACCUGGUUCCGACUCUCCUCUGCUCUGCCUUCGUUGUCCAUGUGGAUGAAUGCAGGGAGAAUGCUACAAUCUGCGGCUCAAACGCAAACUGCAGCAACACCGCUGGCAGCUUCACCUGCGAGUGUAAGGAGGGAUUCAUUCCCAGCCCGGGGCUCGAAUGGAAGCUGGGAGUCACCACCUGCACAGAUUUGAUGGACAUCAUGCCACAAGACUGUCAGACCGCGAUCACCCUGCUCGAUGCGGUUUUGGGUGGGAUUGGGAACCUCUCUCUGGAGGAGAACGGAGAGGGGCUGGUGGGGGCUGCAGACGCCACACUCAGAUCCACCGAGAAGCUGGUCUCCACGCAGGUCAAACCCACAUCCACCCACGUCAGCGAUGGCUUCCAAGCCAACAGCAUUGUGGUGCAAACAUUUUCCAUGGGACCGCAAGCUAACCUGAGCCAGUCUCUUCAGCUCAACACCUCAGAUAACUUCAUAAACAUUGAUGUUAUCGGCAUCACCGAGAGCAACAAUGGAUCUGCAGCAGUGGCCUUCAUGACCUACACCAACAUGGAGGAUGUGCUGAAGGCUGAAUUCUUCCACACGGAGAGAAAGACCAGCAAGACCAUGAUGUCCAGUGUCGUCUCUGCCUCCCUCCCCAAUACCAAAAACCCAACACUGCCUAAACCUGUCAACUUUACCCUGAGACACCUCACACAGGUGGACCCUGAGGGCCAGCUCACCUGUGUGUACUGGAAUCAGAGCAGGUGGAUCGUGGAUGGCUGUGAGGCCACAGAGACCAAUUCCAAUUACACCGUGUGCACCUGCAACCACCUGUCCACCUUUGCCCUCAUCAUGCAGACGGACACACCACCUGAGGAUGACAAACAUCUGGAGCUGAUCAACACUAUCGCAGUGUCAGUGGGGCUGCUGUUUCUGGCCCUGGCCAUCCUGACCUUCAUCCUCUGUCGCUGGAACCCUAAAGUCAGCAACACAGCACGCCUCAACCUCUCCAUCUGCCUCUUCCUGGCCCACCUGCUCUUCCUGCUGGUGCAGAGUUUCCUCUCUCACAUCCAGAAGCACAAGCUGGUGUGUGCAGUGAUCUCGGGCGUGCUGCACUUCCUCUUCCUGUCCAGCUUUGUGUGGAUGUUCCUGGAGGCUCUGCAGCUCUUCCUGUUGGUGCGCAACCUGAGAGAGGUCAGGAUUAUACAGAGGGAGGGAAUUCACUGGGGCUUCCUGCUGCUGAUUGGCUAUGGCGCCCCCUGCCUGGUGGUGGGUGUGUCUGCAGGAGUGGUUCCCAAUGGAUACGGCAGUGAUCAGUGCUGGUUGAAGACCGAGGAGAACAUGAGGUGGACUUUUCUGGGGCCUGUGUGCUACGUACUUUCAGUGAACAUCGUUUUCUUUGUAGCAACCAUUGUAAGCCUGCGGUCCAUCCUGGCUGACCUGCACAGUGACAUCUCUCUGAUGAGAGACACCAGGGUCAUGGUGUUCAAAGCGCUGGUCCAGUUCAUCAUUCUCGGUUGCCCCUGGAUACUCGGCUUCUUUGUGAACAACAACAAGAUGCUGGAGUAUCUCUUCCUGCUGUCAACCUCCCAGCAGGGCACGUUCAUCUUCCUGGUACACUGCAUCCUCAACAGAGAGGUUCGGGAGCAGUACAGAAAGUGGUGGAAGACUCUUUGCUGCUCCAGUGAAGCCUCUGACUCCUCCCACUCCUCCAGGAUGUCCAUGAAUUCUCCGAGCACCGCAGUGAAUUUGCCUUUGCGGCGGGUGACGAAGAACAUCAUCAUCAUCACGCGAAAAAGUCCUGCCCCGGAGCGGUGGGGUGUGCUGGCACGCAUCCCCGCGCCGCUGUGCCAGUCCGCCGGAGGCCUGUGCCAGGCCCGGGUGGCAUGA